UGAUCAGAAAUAUCCGCUGUUUCGUUGUGAUUAGGGGGAAAUUGAAUGUUGCUCCGCUCAAACUCGAGCUGGAGCUCAAGCUCAGCUCAGCCAUGGAGCUCGCCACUGCCCACCCUCGUCCUCCUCCGGAGCUGCCGGACCGUCCCCGACGUCAGUCAGCUCCACUCGAGGCUCAUCACCACCGGCCUCAUCCGGAGCCCCUUCCUCACCUCCAAGAUCAUCCUGUCCUUCUCCUCCUCUCCCCACCCGCCUCUUGCCCGUUACGCUCGCUUCCUUCUCUUCUCCCGCCGCACCUCCGGUGGAGCCGCAGGCGACGACCCUUUCCUCUGGAACGCCGUUAUCAAGUCCCACUCCCACGGGCUCGACCCCCAACAUGCUCUGACCGUGUUCUGCUUGAUGCUGGAGAGCGGGGUUUUCGGGGAUAAGUUCUCGUUCUCUCUGGCGCUUAAAGCGUGCUCGAGGGUCGGGGAUGUGAAGGUCGGGAAGCAGAUUCAUGGGCUGUUGAGUAAGAUCGACGUCGGGUCUGAUUUGUACUUGGCUAAUGGGCUUAUCCGGUUUUACUUGCGGUGUUGGGAUUUGGGCUCUGCACGGCUGCUGUUCGAUAGAAUGUCGCUUAUGGAUUCAGUCACAUAUAACUUGAUGAUUGAUGGGUACGUGAAAUGCGGGAUGAUAGAUUCGGCUCGUGCAGUUUUCAAUUCUACGCCAUCCGAAGACAGGAACUUGAUUACUUGGAACACCAUUCUGAGCGGUCACUCCCAAUCAGGUGACCAACUGGAGAUCGCGUGGGAGCUGUUUCGGGAAAUGCCCGAGAGAGACUCAGUCUCCUGGAACACAAUGAUCGAUGGGUGUGUCAAGGCCGGGAAAGUACAUGAAGCACGAGAGCUCUUUGAUACGAUGCCUGAUAGGGAUGUGGUGAGCUGGGCUAGCAUGAUUGAUGGGUACGCAAAGGUGGGUGAUAUCAGCGCUGCGAGCAGCUUGUUUGAUGAAAUGCCUGAGGGGGAUGUCGUAGCUUGUAAUGCCAUGAUGAGUGGUUAUGUUCUAAAUGGCCUCCACGAGGAGGCUUUGGAGAUCUUCCACUGCAUGCGAAGUGGGGUCCCUCUGUCACCAGACAUGGCCACACUGUCGAUUGCCCUCUCUGCUAUCGCCCAGUUAGUGCGCCUCGAUGAAGGGUUAGCGGUUCACCAUUACAUCCAGGAGAACGGCUUCUUUGUAGGCGGGAAACUCGGCGUUGCUCUCAUAGACAUGUACUCAAAAUGUGGGAGCGUCGAGAAGGCAAUGCUAGUAUUUGAUUCCAUAAAGGAGAAGGCGGUCGACCAUUGGAAUGCCAUGAUUGGUGGUUUAGCGAUCCACGGGCUCGGUGAAUUGGCUUUUGAUCAUUUCUUGGAGAUGGAACGGCUUUCCAUGGAACCAGACCACAUCACGUUCAUCGGAGUUCUGAACGCCUGUGGACAUUCGGGCUUAGUCAAGGAAGGCCUCAUAGUGUUCGAGCUCAUGAGAAGAAUCCACAAGCUCGAGCCGAUGCUACAGCAUUAUGGGUGUGUGGUUGAUAUUUUAAGUCGGGCCGGGUACUUAGAAGAGGCCUUAACAUUCGUCGAGGCAAUGCCAAUUGAGCCCAACGAUGUUGUCUGGAGGACAUUGCUCAGUGGCUCCAGAAUCCACGAGAACUAUGAGAUUGGAAAGGCCAUAGCAGACUAUAUCAUUCAAGUGGAUUCUCAUAGUUCGAGUUCUUAUGUUCUCUUAUCGAAUGUUUAUGCGGGUCUCAGUCUAUGGGAGUGUGUUUCUAGGACUAGAACGGAGAUGAAAGAGAAGAAAAUCAAGAAGCUUCCUGGGUGCAGUUGGAUAGAGCUCGAGGGGACAGUUUGCGAGUUCUUUGCACAUGAUAAGUCGCAUCCCCAAGUCACAGAAGCAUGUUCAAUGUUGGGAAGUAUGUUGUCGCCAAAUGCGGAGGUUGUUUCUCAUACAUACUAGAUUCUAGUCAAACUUGUAUAGCUUCAAAUGAUAUCAUCCUAAUUGAGAAAUGAUCAGUGCCAUAAAAUAAACUGCCUUUUGAAUCAA